AGAAGAUACAAACCACUAGGAGGCGCUGUCACAUUAAAUGCAAAACGCAGGCCAAUUACAGACGAAGAAGACAAGUUGCGGGAAAACCGAAGCGGGUCAAGCCCCCGUAUGUUUGUCAGUAACAAGACCAACUGGAGAAGAACGGCAAAUAUGUAUGCUGUGACCAAAGUACACACAAGGGAGCUGGAUGUCGGAUCCACCAUUAAAACAAUGAAAAACCCAACUGCCUCAGAUGUUAAAAAGGGGAUUGCUGUCUUGUGGGAGAAUCUGCAGUGUCCCAUAUGCUUGGAUUUAAUGAUGGCACCAGUGUCUACGAAGUGUGAUCAUCAAUUUUGCAAAUUCUGUAUGAUGAAACUUUUAGACAGCUCAAAACAAAACAGGACCAACUGUCCAAUUUGUAAAGCCAAGAUAACCAAAAGGAGUUUGCAGGAGAGUCCUGGGUUUCAGCAACUUGUCGCAGGAUUGCAGGACAUCAUAGAAGCAUAUGAGCAAGACACUGGCACCAACUACUUCACUGGCGUGUCCCUGAAAAAAAGGCCCUCAAGUGUCACAGAUGGCGAAACCACUGAACUUCAUAUUAUGUCACCUGGAGAUUCAGAUGGUGCUGACAGGGAAAAUGAAGACCAUGAUGAUCUUCCACAGUCCCUCUCCUCAACUGUGGCAGCCCAGAAUGGUUUUGCUAGGCUCAUGGGACUUGAGGACUCAGUUCCUUUGACAACAGACAACGAAGGUCUGGACAGUGGCCUUGGUGACGCUCCGCCAACUUCUGACAAGAAAAUAUCCAGCCCUUCUGAGAAUUUGGAACCAGAAACAACAGAUGUGGAAGUGCCUUCAUUGACACACAAAGCUAGAAGCAAAAGGAAACCUGCAAAGUUGGAAAAUGCAUCUGCUUUGUCAGCGUUAUCUCAAGAUGAGAGCGGGCACCAACUUUUAAGAAAGUCUUCAAGGAAGAAGCAGAAAAAGGAUUUUGAGCCUGGUGAGAUUCUUGAGCAGAAAAAGAAGAAAAGUUUACAGAAAGUUGCUGAGUGGCUCAUGAGCGUUCCAGUUGAAGGACAGUUGGAGAACCCAGGUGAAGAUUCAGAUGCGUCUGACAGCUGUUCAUCCACAUCAACACUGGAUGUGAAGCUCCACUAUUCUGUAAACCAUAAGAACGAGGAUCGUAACAAAGCCCUUGAAAAGCAGGUGUUUGGUGCCAUUUACAAAAGAAAAGGGAAAAAGGCUGCCUCUCCGCCACUUCAGGUUUUUGUUAAACAACCAACUGCUGCAGAAAUGGAGACACAUGAGGAUUUUUCAGAAGCAAAUAAGAACAAUCUUCUCCCUUUUGCCGAAAAGAAAGAAAUGCUAGAAGAUGAAAAUGGCUCCAGCAGAGACCUUUUCAAAGAAACACAGAUGCAGUUUGGGGAGGAGCAUGAUGUGGGUACAGGAACAGAUGGCAUGAACAAGCUCUCAGAAAGUGAGAAAACUAAAGAUGAACUGGAGGCUCAUCAUCUUGCGUCAGUACAACAACAACCAGAAACAAGGUCAAAGAAAAGGAGCCGGGCCACUCUGCAACAGGUUGACACUGAUUUGCAAGCGCAAGCUCAGUCUACCACAGACAGUGCUGAGCAGAGGAAAGCCGACAGAGGGAAAGGUAAGAACGCAAAAUCCCAAAGAAAACCUGCCAAAGCUCCAAAACCUCUGGUUCUGGUUGGAGCUCACAAUGGGGAUACCAGUCCUAAAGCCAGAGAAAGAUCAGAAGAAGUCCAAGUUCAAAUAGAGAAUUACCCAAGCAGUGAGGAGCAAGAUGUUCCUCUCAUGAGAAGCACAAGGAGGAGUAAAAGACUUCAGCGCUUUGCUGUGGAAGUCCAGGAGACCCACAAGAAAGCUGACAUUAAAGCUGGGAUGCCCCAAAAAGACCCCGAACAGUCUAAAGAUGCUAAAGGCAAGACAUUGGAUGAUACAGCACCCCCUGCAAGUGCAAACAUGACAAGAAAUGGAUGCGUUUAUGAGCAUGAUGUAGGAGGGAUUGAAAGCAUGGAGGCUGGUGAGAGAGCAUCUGAUCUGGGACCAGCCGCUGAAGUGCCACAUGCCCAAGAUAGAUCCGAAGUUGGGGCUGCUUGUUCUGUGUCUGUGGUCCAAAAUUCUACAAGUCCAUCCAGUUCGUCUGUGGUCGGUCCAACGCUUGAAAAUAAAAUCACUUCCAAACCUGAUCAGGAAACAUCUGUCGGAGAGACAGAAAACGAGGAAGAUAAGAAUGACAGCGAGCUGGACACGGAGCAGCUUCUCAGGAGCUUCAAGGCCACUAAAAGGAAGUCAUUCCAUCUUGGGCAACCAAAACUGAAGAAAACUCGACCUUCGGACGAUCCGAAAGCAGAGGAGAACCAUCUGGGUUGUUCAGGUGUUGAAUUUGCACAAAAGCAGAUAUUAAGUGUGAUUCCUGAGCCCUCGUCUUCCUGUGAUUUGAUUCCUCCUUCCAUCUCACCCAUUCAGACAAGAAAAACAUGCUUUGAGAAGUCAGAUGAAGUGGUGGUGUUAGCCUUUAACCCUGAAAGUAGCUGCUCAGGUCAGGACAGCACUGAUGGAAACUGUCUUCUCAGGGACAGCCCUAGCAGUGGCCUUAGUCCAAAUAGAGUGGCAAAGGGUGACAGGGAGAGUCCCUCUCCUUCCAUUUUCCCUCAAGUGGUAGAUUCUGGGCUUCAUUUCACAGCUGUUGAACAUGAGGAACUAACUGAAGCCUUCAAGGGUUCUCAGGUCAGAGAGGAUCAGCCUGAUCGUACCUCACGGGCCACUAGCGAAGUGACAGAAAUACAGAAGUGUUUGUCAGCGAGCCAUGCUGAAAACAUGGUAAUCGCAGAGUCCUCCUUAACCCCUGAGGGUCUGCUUACCUCAGCUGUCCAGUUCACGCAUGAAACAAAGACAAACGCCAACAGCAGUGGGGAUGCCAGCAUCCAUUCCUCCGUCAAUCGCAACCCCAGGACGAAGAGAAGGGCUCAGAGGCUGGACUCUUCCUCAGACUCCAACAGCAGUGAUUCCAUAGAGGAACUGCCCACUUUGGCGAAAAUUCUUGGAACAUCAGCUCCUCCCACAACUGGGAACCAGGAGCAGGGAGAGUCCGGUCAAGCUAACAAAUGUGAGGAUGCCUGUGUUGCAGCUGAGGCAGCAGAACCUGACUCUGUUGACUCCAGCCAAGCGUCUGUUGACUUGUUCGGCACACCAGACGAAUGCGAUGUCCAAGCAAAUGGCGCUGGCGUUUCCAUGGGGUCUUCUCAAUUCUCAAGUGAAGUCCUUGUUACUCAGCAAAAAAUUGAGAUGAAGAAUGAGCUGGUGAGGCUGGAGAAGCUGAUGGCUCUUGUAUCAGAGGUGCUUCAGGAGAAGGAGAGCAGUCCUGUCAAAGAAGUCUCCUCAAAAAUUCAUCAGAGCAGCGGAGCCAUGGGGCCGUGUGCCAUCAAGCCCCUUCUUAGUGCGCAGGAGCCAAGCAGAGGAACAGGCAGGAAUGACAUUCCAGAUGUAAGACAGGAUCCACAAACUGGCCCAUCUGGUGACAAACUUGGGACUGAGCCCAGUGUAUUAAAGCAUGGAGGCAUUUCAGAGAAGGUUGAGAAGCUCUCCACACACACGGGAUUGACUGCCUCUAUGAUGCCUGUAACUGCCAAACCACUGAAUAACUGUUCCCCACCAUCUGAUGGGCAAGAAGGCAAAGAAAAUAACAGCCCUCCGAAAGACAGAUGUAAAGCUAAGCUUGUGCUGGUGUCCUCUGGAUUAGGUCCUAAUGAGCAGAUAUUGGUGAAAAAGUUUGCCAAGAGAGUUGGUGCCCGCGUGGUUUCCCAGGUGACGGCCGAGGUCACUCACAUCAUCAUGCGCACAGAUGAGCAACUGGUAUGUGAGCGCACACUGAAGUACUUCCUUGGCAUUGCAGGCAGGAAGUGGAUGGUGAGCUUCCAAUGGAUUUCCGAGUGCUUCAAACAAAAGAAGCUCCUGGAAGAGAGUCCAUUUGAAGUGAGAGGUGAUGUGGUGAACGGACCCAACCACCAGGGCCCCUCAAGAGCCCGUACAACUAAAGACGAUGACUUGCUCAUGAAAGGCUACAAGAUCUACUUCCAAGGACCUUUUACCGACAUGACUACAGAUGAAAUGGAGUGGAUGGUGGAACUUUGCGGGGCGACUGUAGUGAAAGAUCCACUUCUUCUAGACAGCAAACAGAAGAUCUGUCAGCUGGCAAUCGUACAGCCUCGACCGGAUUCAUCGUCUUCCACAUACAGCAGUCUCUCCAGAACAGCUACAGUUGUGACCCGCGGCUGGCUGUUAGACACAGUUGCCACCUACACCCUGCAAAACUACAGUAAAUACACAACAUGAGACACCAUGUGCACUGUCAUUUCUUCUCUUCUUAAUCUGUGUUGACACUCUUAUAUAUCUAUUCUGUGUGAUAAAUGUUCACAAUGUGUAUAAAGUUUAAGCAAAGCUGA